AGGAUGACGUGCGCACGCGCGGCGACACCAAGCCCGACAAGUGGGGCCGGCAGGUCUCCAUGGAGGAGGACACCGUCGCUCUGGCGGGCGAGCCCGGCGGCGCCCUGGCGGCCCCGCCCUUGCGGCCGGGCUCGGGGGGCACCUCGCCGGAGGCCCUGCAGGCGGAGGAGGGCCCGGAGCCCGAGCCCGCCGCGGGCGGGCCGGCGCCAGGCGAGUCGGACAGCGAGGAGCCGCCGCUGCCAGACGCGGACGCGGUCGCGCGCCCGAAGCGGGCGCUGUCCGCGCGCGCCCUGGCCGCCGGGCACGAGGCGCAGACCGUGCACGACCGCCACAGGGUGAUGGAGGACCAGUGCAACAAGCUCGUCAACCAGAACGGCUUCUUCGUGGCCCUGGACCCCACGGGCGCGCACGUCCCCGACGUCCUGGAGCGCUACGGGCACCGCGGGGCGGACUCGGCCUCGGCGGAGCAGCUCGAGCAGUGGCUGUCCGGCCUGCGCACGCGGGUGGCGAAGGACGAGGCCUUCGACGGCUCGAGGAUCCUCGGCGCCGUGGUCUGCGAGGAGUCGCUGGCGUGGUCGGUGGACGGCAUGCCGCUGCCCGCCUACCUCUGGCGGGCGAAGCAGGUGGUGCCCAUCCUCCGGAUGGGCCACGGGCUGGCCCCCCUGAGGAAGGGCGUCCAGCUGAUGGAGGUCCCGGACGGCGCGGACGACCUGCUCGACGGCGCGGUGCGCGCGCAGGUCUUCGCCGUGAAGACGCGGUGCAGCAUCGGCGGCGCCGACAGGAAGGGCAUCCGGUCCGCCGUGAAGCAGCAGUUCGAGUUUGCCCGCCGGGUGAUCCAGAAGGGCCUGGCGGCGUGCCUGCAGGUCGAGGUGCGGCCCGACGCCAGCCAGAAGGAGGUCUGCGAGCGGCUGCUGGCGGACACGCUGCUGGAGGCGCUGGGCGAGCUGCAGGCCGAGGAGAGGGUCAUCCUCGACCUCUCGAUUCCGGAGCCCAACAUCUUCCUGCCCCUGAUCGGGCACCCCUGCACCAUGCGCGUCACGGGCCUGUCCGGGGGCCUCGGGCUCGCGGAGGCCUGCCGCACCCUGGAGAUGAACGUGAGCAUGGUGGCGAGCUUCGGCCGCGCCUUCCUUGAGGGCCUCAGGCUGGACCAGAGCCCCGAGGAGUUCACGAAGGCUCUAAGGUCGACGUGCGACGCCAUGUACCAGGCGUCCAUGGCCGUCCCGACGAAGGAGGUGCAGGUCAUCAAGGUCGAGACUAGCGACGGCUUCUUCGUCGCCCUCGACCAGACAGCCUCCCGGAACGACCCCAUCCUGCAGCGCUACGGCAUCCCCGUCGAGACUCUCGACAAGGCCGAGCUGUCCAGGAAGCUGCACCAGAUGCGGUCGCGCGUCUUCACGGACCCGAAGUUCAACGGCUCGCGCGUGAUCGCCACCACGCUGUCCGAGGACAGCAUGGACCGCAAGGCAGAGGACCUGCGGAAACUCCACAGUGCGUGCCACGGGGGCACGGGGGCGGACCUCUGGCAAGUCAAGCACGUGGUGCCCUUCCUGCGGGUGGACCGGCAGCAGGCCAAGGAGACGAACGGCGUGCGGCUGAUCAACGACACCUCAAAGCUCGACAAGCUGCUGGACAAGGCGUGCUCUGCGGGCAUGUUCGGGACGAAGGCCCGCAACACCAUCCGGCUCGCCAGCGCGGCGGGCAUCAAGGCGGUGGUGGAUCAGCAGUUCGAGAUAGCGGGCAAGGUGCUGGCCAAGGGGCUGGUGCCCAUUUUGAUGCCCGAGGUGGACAUCAGCUCGCCCGAAAAGGGCGCCUGCGAGGAGCUCCUCCUCGAUGCCCUGAUGGCCGGCCUGCAGAAGCUGCGCUCGGACGAGAAGUGUGCCCUGGGGGGCGCGGUGCCGGACUUCCCCCUGAUCCACCACCCGAACGCCAUCCGCCUGGUGGCGUUGUCCGGCGGCUACAACCGGGGCGAGUCCUGCCAGAUGCUGCGGCAGAACUGCGGGAUGGUGGCCGGCUUCGGGCGAGCCUUCACCGAGGAGAUGAGAUAUUCCAUGUCGGACAAGGACUUCUCCAGGGUGCUGGACGAGGCAUGCGAGCAGGUCUUCCGGGUCUCCAGGCGCAUGCCGGUGAGGGAUGAGCAGGCCGUGAAAGUCGGCGGGCAGGAGGGUUUCUUCGUGGCCCUGGACCAGACCGGCAAGAACACCAGGCGGAUCUUGGAGAGCUACGGGUGGACCUCCGACGAGCUCGGCGACCAGACGAGCUUGCAGGCCAAGCUCCACGCUUUCCGCACCCGCGUGUUUACGCAUCCACGCUUCAACGGCUCGCGCGUGAUAGGCGUGCUGUUGUCGACGGACACGAUGGACAGGGAGAUCGCUCAGCUGCCCACUCCGCAGUACCUGUGGGAGCAGAAGAAGGUGGUGCCCUUCCUGAGAGUCGACCGCGGCCUCCUGGAUGAGGCGGACGGCGUUCAGCUCAUGCGGGACAUUCCCAGACUGAGCGCCACCCUCGAGAAGGCGACGCAGGUGGGCUUCUUCGGGACGAAGCACCGAAACGUCAUCCUGCAGCCGAACGCGACCGGCAUCAAGCAGGCCGUCGAGCAGCAGUUCGAGGUGGCGAGGUUGAGCCUCAAGGCAGGCCUGGUGCCGAUCCUCCACAUCGAGGUUGACAUCAGCUCCCCGGACAAGGCGGACUGCGAGCGGAUCCUGCGCCAGUCGCUCAUGUCCGGCCUCAGGACCAUAGACACGAAAGACAAGGUCGUCCUGCUCCUGAGCAUUCCGACGAAGGCGGACACCUUCCGGCCCCUCAUGGGCCACCCCCAGGUGCUGCGCGUGCUGGCCAGCUCCGGCGGCUACAAGCGCGAGCAGGCGUGCGACAAGAUGCUGGAGAACACGGGGCUCGUCGCUUCCUUCGGGCGCGCCUUCCUCGACGGCAUGAACCGCAGGCCGGGGGCAGCGUUUGGGGGGAGGCAUGCUGCUCAGGGGGGGAGGCAUGCUGCUCAGGGGAGGCAUGCUGCUCAGGGGAGGCAUGCUGCUCAGGGGGGAGGCAUGCUGCUCAGGGGAGGCAUGCUGCUCAGGGGGGGAGGCAUGCUGCUCAGGGGAUAUGCGCAUCUUCGAGGGCCGAGGUCUUCGGGCGUUUUCCGUCGGCUCUCGGCGGCUCUCCAGCCUCGGGGUGCCCUCUGGCAGCUGCGCCCCGCCGCAAGACCGAGACCAUGCAACGUUAGGGGUUAG